AUGGCUUCCAGAUUAGAGGACGAUCUCUGCUGUUCUGUCUGCCACGACAUCUUUAAAGAUCCUGUCGUCCUGUCAUGCAGCCACAGCUUCUGUAAAGACUGUCUGCAGAACUGGUGGACGGGGAAACAAACCAGAGAGUGUCCAGUCUGUAAGAGAAGAUCUUCGAGGAGUAAACCACCUUGUAACCUGGUGUUAAAGAAGCUGUGUGAGAGUUUCUUACAGGAGAGACAUCAGAGAGCUUCAGAGCCUCUCUGCAGUCUGCACUCUGAGAAACUCAAACUCUUCUGUCUGGACGAUCAGCAGCCAGUGUGUCACAUCUGCAGAGACUCAGAAAAACACACCAACCACAGAUUCAGACUCAUCGAUGAAGCUGCACAACAACACAAGAAGGAACUCCAGGAAACUCUGGAGCCUUUAAAGAAGAAGUUAAAGGUUUUUGAAGAAGUUAAAGUGAAGUUUGAUCAAACAGCAGAACACAUUCAGGUCCAGGCCCGACGCACAGAGACGCAGAUUAAGAAGCAGUUUAAGAAGCUUCACCAGUUUCUAGAAGAGGAAGAGGAUGCCAGGAUGGCUGCACUGAGGGAGGAAGAGGAGCAGAAGAGUCAGAUGAUGAAGGAGAAGAUGGAGGCUCUGAGCAGAGAGAUAGCAGCUCUUUCAGACACAGUCAGAGCCACAGAGGACCAGCUGAGAGCUGAACACGUCUCAUUCCUGCACAACUACAAGGCUGCAGUGGAAAGAGUCCAGCAGCGCCUCCUGCUGGAGGAUCCACAGCUGCCCUCAGGAGCUCUGAUAGACCAGGCCAAACACCUGGGCAACCUGGCCUUCAACAUCUGGAACAAGAUGAAGGACCUGGUCUCCUACAGUCCUGUUGUUCUGGACCCAAACACUGCUGGUCCAGAACUCAUCCUGUCUGAAGAUCUGACCAGUCUGAGAGCAGGAGCACAACAGCAGCUUCCUGAUAAUCCAGAGAGGAUUGGGGAUUUUGGCACUGUUCUGGGCUCUGAGGGUUUUAACUCAGGGACUCACAGCUGGGAGGUCGAGGUUAGAGACAAUAUAAUCUGGUCACUGGGUGUGUUAGCAGAGUCUGUCCAGAGAAGAGAAAACAUAUGGUCUGGAUUAUGGAGAAUAGGGUUCUGUAGUGAUCAUUACGGAUCACAGUCACCAUCAGAUGAAGGAAUUCCUCUCAUAGUCCAGAAGAAGCUCCAGAGGAUCAGAGUGAAUCUGGACUGGAACAGAGGAAAGCUGUCGUUCUCUGAUGCUGACACUAACACACACAUACACACCUUCACACACACUUUCACUGAGAGGAUGUUUCCAUAUUUUACCAAUUAUGAUAAGGAUCAUCCACUGCAGGUUUUACCAGUGAAGGUCUCUGUGGCUGCAGGACAACAGAAAUAGACGAUCAGCAUCGUUCUGUUCAAGACGUCCUGAAGUCUUUGAGGAACAUGUGAGUACGUUGUCCUGGUGAUGUUUGUUUCUCCGUCAGUGUGAGGAAAUUAUGUCAUGAUGAUGUCAUGAUGAUGUAACAUCAGAUCAAAUCACUCUGUGACUGGCAGGCGUCUCUGUGGUUUCCUGUUCGAUUAUUGAUCAAACCUUUUAACUGAAUUCUCCGUAAAACGUAAUUCUCAUUGAUUGUUUUUUUUUGUUGUAUUGGUGUUUCAGGGUGUUAAAUAAAAUUAAAAAAACAAUAAUAAAAAAUAACUGUCAAAUAACAGAAACAACUAUAAGUUAUCUUACACAAAAUGUAUUUAAAAAUACAGAAAAUAAACGGCUAAUAUCUGUAUUUAAACAUAUAUAUCUGUAAAAUAAGUAUCAUAUAAGCGUUUCUACUUUAAUGAGAUAGUGUGUGUUUGACAAUCGUUUCUGUUUUUUUAUGAUUUCUUUUCACUUUACAUGUAAGGUUUUACUGUAAGAAAACAAAAAGUUUCCUUAAACUUACCUUCAGCUAUAUGAUGUGUAUUGUUUUUGUGUUCUAACAUAGAAUUAACUGUCAUUUAACAUUUAGGACCAUUAAGCAAUUUCAUAAUACUGUAAAAAAAAAAAUCUGUCCUAUUGUUUUAAUUUACAGAAUUAAACUUCCAUGUUCUGGUUAAUAUUUGUA